UGAUAAUUAAUAAUGCGACUGGAAUUACACGUGGAAAUGAUUUAUAGCGGCAAUGACGAUACAGGCGCAGCAUUUGCUCUGUAUGAUCCUCUUACCUCUUUACCGUUUCUCUUGCCAAGAACGACUACCGCGCCGUGAGUGAUCCCGCGGAACAGAGGCCGUGUACUCCGGUGAGAAUUUCGGCGCGAUCAGUUGCAUCUGCUAACCGGUAGCUAUCUAGCGCGAGAGAGACGCAGCCUUGUCCGAAGGAGCGCUCUCGACCUGUGCCGUCAAGUCCUAUCUUCUUCGUGGUCCAGCGUCGAUCACAUCAGAUUGUUGUUUUGUCGUCGUGAUCGACCUAUCGGAUCACCGUUUGCUCCUGGGAACUCCCCUUCCCUCACAAAACUCGUACUCGAUAAUCGAUCUUCCUGUUAAGCGUCAAUGAAAACAGAAAGGACAAGAUGGAGGACGCAGAAGAUUUGAGGACAACGGUGGAGUUGUACAUUUACGACCUUACCAAGGGUAUGGCUUCAGUGAUGUCGCCGAUACUCAUAGGUCGUCAGUUGGACGGAAUAUGGCACACAGCGAUAGUCGCAUACGGAAGGGAAUACUUUUUUGGCCCAGCCGGCAUCCAAAGCAUCCGACCUUUACGCAGAUGGUCCUCGUCGCGUCGUACCCGAUACUCCGCACGAGUGCUUUCUUUUCUCUAUGUUGGCGGCACCGAACUGGGAGAACCGCAACGAGUUGAGAAGCUCGGCGAGACUCAUCUGCCGUACACGGUCUUCUUGGAGUACAUCAACGGUCUGGGAACUUCUACAUUCGCUCCGGGCACGUACAAUCUCUUCAAACAUAAUUGUAAUUCCUUCACGGAGGAAGUCAGCAACUUCCUGGUGGGUAGCGGCAUUCCUAAGUAUAUCCUUGAUCUGCCGGAAGAAAUACUACAAACGCCUAUUGGGCAGGCUCUAGGUCCAUUGAUAGAAACACUGAGUAAUAGCUCGAGUUCCGGAUUCACCGUCGGUCAGAGAUUCGUCGAAGCUAGAAUCCAGAGAGAAGCUUCGCCGGAAUAUCAAUUACUGAACACAGCUAUCGAAGAAGCGAGAUUGAAUUCCAUCGCAUUAAAGGAACGAAGGAACGUCAUCAACGAGAAGCUAGCAAAGAAAGACAGAAAGAAGAAGAAGAAGAAGAAGGAGAAGAAGGAAAAGAGCAGUAGGGAGACUACUGGCAGCGACAGCAACAGCACCGGGCCGAGCAACUGCGCAGACAUGGCGGAGCAUGAGAGUGCGAUUGGCGAGACGCAGCAGCAGGCGGCUAACGGAGAAAGCACGUCUGCGGAGAUGUUACCGUCCGAGCGAGUGAAGCAGAUGGAAGAAGACGAGAAACGCGAACAAGAAGAGAAGAAACGCUAUAGAGAUCCACCGAUAGUGUUCAAAGACUUAGUGGAUGUACGAGCGGAAUACGAAGGCUUGGUAAACGCUCUCGAGGGGAAGUUGAAUGAGGAGGAGCGAAGGUGUAUGGACGAACUGCGACAAUAUGUUUUGGAGAAUGAGGGUUCGUGGGCUUUGGGUGAUACCUUCUUAAACUUCGUAGGUCGAGUUCUUUGGGAUAGAUCAUUGAACACCAACGCACGAGUAAAAUUAUUGAAUGUUUUGUCCGUCGCCGCAUUGAAAGACGAUGUAAUUCUGCUGCUGCAUCAGGACAGGCGGGAACAUAUCAUCAUGAAUUAUGCCUUCGAUAUCGAUCGACAUCCACAAGAAGAACAACUUCCACUCGCACAAUUUUUAGCGAACAUGUUUGAGAAUCUCAGCAGUUCGGAGUGGCUGCUCUACAUAUCCGAAUGGCAGCAUCAGAAUCAAAGCAUUAGCAACAUAAGAGUAACGACCAAGGUCGCGGUGCACUCGUUACUCUCGAACUCGGAAGAUCUGCAGAUCCGUGGUGCGGCCAUUAUUCACAAUCUCGCCUGCAAGGAGAAAAUGAACAAAAGCAAAAAUCUGCGGCAACUUUUACCGAAAGGCAGCAUUUCUAAGGUAUUCGACGAUGUUGCUGUGGAAUUAACAAUGGCGUUGCUUCAAUAUUUCAACGGCAGUCCCGCGGAAGAGCAGCUGUACGCGUGUAUGAAAUCACUGGCGCGUUUCACGCAAAUCAGCGGUCAGGAAGUGCCACAACUUAUACAGAUGAUCGGACCCGAACCAAAUAAAUUCAGGGGUACUUCUCAGAGAAUCGACGAGCAGAUAGAUCAAGUUAAUAAGAAACUGCGCUAGAGAAGUUCAACUAAUUGUUCGCGACAGUAUCGUGUUCCAAGCGAGAUAAAAGAAAAUUCAUUUUUUCGCUACGUUUAAAUUGAAUUCAUACUCAGACAUUGUAUUGACACAAAACUCAUUUACUAGUAUAAUUAAUUAUUGUUGUCAUUUUAAUAUAUUAUUAUCAUGUUAUAAUAUAUAAUUAUUAUAUAUAUAUUAUAUACACUUAUUAUUAUCAUUAUAUAUUGUUAGUAAUACUCGCCUCGAUUGCGACGUGCUCGACACAGAAGAUGUCAAUAUUUUGUCCUCCUCUUUCAAAACUAUUUUUCUCGAUCGGAGAAAUAAAAAAUUUAGAGUUCCGUCGAUGUUCGAUCUAGCGUGAUUGACAAGACCAGGAGAAAUCGUAUAUAUUUGCCGCGAAAAAAUAUUUUAACUCUUUGAGCGUCUUGGUUAUAGCGUUGAACUACAUCCAGAUCUGUUAUAUACAUAUAUAUGUUAUUACAUGACAUAAAUUGCUAUAAUGUCA